GUGAUCAUCUUCAUUAGACACAAUCUAUGCUCCACACUCACCACCAGCGGCAGGGCUCUGUCCUGGAUCAGUGGAGAUGGGCUGAGGCAGACCGACCAGACAACACCGAGACCAGCGGCCGCAGAGUGCAGCACUUACAGAAGGGAAGGCUCGGGAAUUCUUCCCAGUCCCGCUUGCCCCCGCUCCUUUCCACUCCCGGCCCCGACAGGCCAGGGAAUGUCCCCGUGGCGAGAUGCCUUACGUGGACCGACAGAACCGCAUCUGCGGUUUCCUGGACAUAGAGGAGAACGAGGGAAGUGGCAAGUUCCUGCGUCGUUACUUCAUUCUGGACACACAGCAGGGGAGCUUGGUGUGGUUCAUGGACAACCCACAGAACCUGCCUAUUGGUGCUGACUGUGUUGGCUCUCUCAAGCUCACCUACAUCUCUAAGGUCAGCGAUGCCACUAAGUUGAGGCCUAAGGCAGAAUUCUGCUUUGUCAUCAAUGCUGGGAUGAGGAAGUUCUUCCUGCAGGCCAACGACCAGCAGGACCUCGUGGACUGGGUCAACGCUCUCAAUAAAGCCACCAAGAUCACUGUGCCAAAGUUGUCUGAUGGGCAGCAGAAUGCCGAGAACCAGAAGGCUUUACCAGAUGUCGUAGGGCCCAAGAAGCAAGUCUCCUAUAAAACAGAGAUCAUUGGAGGAGUCCCCAUCGUCACCCAGACACAACAUGAAGGUGGCGAUGGUGCAGACAGAGCAGAGCGUGAGGCCAUGCAUCGCUCCCACAGCCAGCUGCCGUACUUCCUGGGCAGGCCAACUCAAGAGCACACAGUCAUCAAGUCAGGCUACUGCGUCAAGCAGGGAGCUGUGAUGAGGAACUGGAAGCGGCGAUAUUUCCUACUGGAAGAAAACUCAAUGAGUUACUUCAAGUCAGAUUUGGAGAAAGAGCCUCUUAGAAUGAUCCCUCUGAAGGAAGUUCACAAAGUCCAGGAGUGCAAACAGAGUGACAUUAUGAUGAGAGAUAAUCUGUUUGAAGUCGUCACCACAUCAAGGACAUUUUACAUACAGGCAGACAGCCCAGAGGAGAUGCACAGCUGGAUAAAGGCCGUCUCAGGGGCCAUUGUGGCCCAGCGGGGACCUGGGAGGUCUGCUGCCACAAUGCGGCAGGCCAGACGGCUGUCGAACCCCUGUAUACAGAGGUAUACAUCCCGAAUCGGGGAGUGCAGCAGCACUCUGCUGCAGCUCUGUACCUGUCUUAGAUGUGUGACAUCCUGCUUGUCUCUCCUCCUCCCUCCUGUUCGCUGCCUGAACACGUCAGCCAUUCCACUUUCUACCGCAGCCCCGCGGGUCCCCCCAUCCCUCGCUCGCCCAUAUCUGCCAUGCCACCAUGCUACCCAGAGCGGGGGGCUGCUGUCACGUGCAGCGCACGCUCGCAGCCUGGCGUGGGACAGCGAGCACUUCAUGAGCCUGCUGCCGAGGCCCAGUCACAGCCUCACACCAGCACGCUUGUCCCUGCAGGAGACGCGCCUGGCAAAGUGACCUGCAAGCCGCCUGUGACCACCAUCAAAAACUCUGAGGAGUCACCGUGGCGCCGGCGGAGCAGCUUUGAGCCCCAUAUGCCUGAACAUCCCCUGGACCUGGAUGACGCUGACCUGCCAGUGAGCGAGGUCUGAGCCGUUGAGUUGGACAUUAAAACAUGAAAUCUGGAUCAGAUGAAGAGGGAAACAGGUGUUUUAAAAAGGGCAGGCAUUGGUUUUCAAACCAAAGCUGUAGGCGGAUGACGGCUUACAACAUCACAAACUUGAUCCUUUGAGCUUCUCCGUCAAUGCGGUCAGUGUGCUAGAGAAAAAAAGUUUGGUCACCACUGAACUGCACUCGUGUGCCAAAGACGACCUGAUCUUCACCCACACCGCUCCGCCUGCCUGCCGUCGCAUUUACAAUCGUGUAUUUAUUUCCAGAGAGUUGAUGUUGUCAAACUAAUUUUAGUUAACUUGUGCUGAUUAGAAUUCAGUGACAAAGCUUUAUUUUAACCUGUACAGGCACAAUGACACGUUCAGUGGUAUUUCUGGGUGGAAGACGAAACCACUUUGUGCCGAUAAAAUAAGGGUGCAAGCUAUUUUCUCUUGUCUAAAAAGAGUGUUCAAACUGAAGACUGGCUUUCCAUCGCAUCUCUGAUCUACUAAUCUGAACUGCGUGGUUCAUUCAUACUCACUUUUGUAACUCUGGAUUUGUUUACUAUUGUUAGCCAAUGUUGUGUGAGAUCAAAUCCUCAGUCUAAUGCAAAUUAUAAUUUGAAGAUUCUGGACUAGGACUAGAUGUGUACAAAUUUAAAUAUUUGUGUGUGUGAUAAUGCAAGACCAAAUGUAUUGCAGCCAUGACUUUUUUUUUAAACAGUCUUUUGAUUUAAAUUUCUCUUUAUUUUUAAAUAUAUCGGAGGGUUAAGUUGCUCAUUUGUGUAAUGGUGUCCUCACUGUUGUUGACCACGAGCUAAAGUAGCUUGCAUGUAAAUCUACAGUGAAUAGUUUUUACAGUUGAGCCACCUCUGGCAGUAAAGUGAGAGUUUGACUGCAGAAGCACAAAAGAAAAACAAACUUUGAAAGCUACCGCAGCACAUGCAUCACUUCACAACCUGAAUCAGCCUCUUCUCUAACUUCAUUUCAGCGUGCCAGACUUUGUGGGCGUUUGUGACACUGGAUGACGUGGGGAAAAAGGAACAGCAGCUUGUAUACAUUUUGUAAUUCAUAGUAAUAAAAACUUCACCAAUAGGGCUGGGUCACUUACAGAUAAGUAAUAACAUGACAGGGUAAUAACAUGAGGAAACUAAACCUGCAGUCCGCGGUUGGAAGAUGAUUAUACCGUGUGAACGCCAUGCAAACAUUUUGGAUCAUGGUUGAACAGAAAAUAAAACAAGCUCACACACUUCCGUUGCAUGUUAACAUAAUAAUUCCUCAGAUUGUUUUUCUGUUCUGUUUUUAUCUACGGUCGUUGUGUGUUUGCAGAAAAGAGCUAUGUGGAGCAGACUUAUUUUUUAUAUGCUUUUAGAUGUUUCCUGAUCGUAUUCCUUGUACCUCUGUUGCCAACCCAGCAGGAGGCAGUUGCCUCAUUGUUUUAUUGGAAAAUGUCUGUAAAAAAACUGUAGUCUACUAAAUAAUACACUCUAAUUUUAUAAAGUGCCUGCUUCAUUUCAGCCAAACAGAGUCGAGCUAUUUCACCCCUUCUCAGUCUGGUGUAAUUGGUUUGAAUUGUCUGUAUUUAUUAUGUGGAUGACUUGAAAGAAAUAAACACUGAAUAUGUGCUCAUGCUC